AUGAACGCAGAAGCUCCUCUUUCCUCUUCUUGGAUAUUAUUUGAUCAUUUUUUUACUCUAUCUAUGCAGAAGGAGUUAUCUAUCUUCGUCUGUUCACAUCUAUCUAUCUAUCUAUCUAUCUAUCUAUCUAUCUAUCUAUCUAAGUUUAUUUAUAGCUAUCUAUCUCUCUAUCUAUCUAUCUCUCUAUCUCUCUCUCUCUCUCUCUCUAUCUAUCUAUCUCAGUUUGUUCCUAUCUAUCUAUCUAUCUAUCUAUCUCAGUUUGUUUAUAUCUAUCUAUCUAUCUAUCUAUCUAUCUAUCUAUCUAUCUAUCUAUCUAUCUCAGUUUGUUCAUAUCUAUCUAUCUAUCUAUCUAUCUAUCUAUCUAUCUAUCUAUCUAUCUAUCUCAGUUUAUUUAUAGCUAUCUAUCUAUCUAUCUAUCUAUCUAUCUAUCUAUCUAUCUAUCUCUGUUUAUCUCAGUUUGUUCAUAUCUAUCUAUCUAUCUAUCUGCUUGUGUAUAUGUUGUGUGUGUGUGUGUUUUUUAUUAAACAGGGAUGGCAAGGUAUGUUGCUUCUAAUGCCUAAGAAAUACUGCAACUCUCACCUGCCCAAAUUUAUAUAA